AUGUCUACCGUCUCAAAAUUCGAGUGUAACAUAUGUGGAAAUUUAUACAACACAAAUAGAGGAUUAAAAAGACACCUCAAUAUCGUUAUGAAAUAUAAUACUCCACGUUCAGAUCUUGAUAUUUUGCCUGAAACAACUAUACAACAAUUCAAAGGCAUUUUAGUUCAUUAUAUUCACAAACGAUUACAAAAAGGAUACAAACAAUUAGGAAAACAAACAGUACUAGUUCCUGCUACUGAAAGCCAAUUUUAUGCAAUAUUUAAAAAUUAUAUACAUUAUUAUUCAGCAACAAAAAAUAAAUAUAAAUGUAUAUUUCAUGGAAGCUCGUCUAAUCAAGAAUUAGCGAAUAUUUUAGAUUCACAAAAUUGGGGAAUUAAAUUUUAUGAUCAACAACAAUUUACUUAUAUUGUACUUUGUGAUGAUAAUGUUAUUGAAAAUGAAGACAAUCCGAUUAAACAAGCUAUUACACAACAAUUAACUUUAAAUAAAAAAGUUUAUAAACCAAAAUACAAGUAUGGACAAAUUAUAGUUGAAUGGAAAAAACAAAAAAAUAUUGAUUCUAAUGGUUAUAUUACUCAAGCGG